GUGUCCGUCUUCUCGCUCUUCCUACACUAUUUUCUCACUGACUAUCUCUCUCUCUCUCUCUCUCUCUCUCUCCUUCCUCAUUCCUCCUCAAUCCUCAUCAUUUGCCUUAACCAAAAAUCCACAACACCGCUCUAUCCGAUUGAGCUAUGGAGGCACCCGAAUAUUUUCAGAACAGCUUCUGCCCACAAUUCGUAACCGAAAAGCAGCGACACUCUUUCGACAACACCAAGGCCAACAAUGGCGCCGGUGCAGGCGACGGUUUCAUGGUGGAGGACCUUCUUGACUUUUCUAACGACGACGCUGUCAUUACCGACGCUGCUGCUGCUGCUUUUGAUAACGUCACCGGAAACUCCACAGACUCCUCCACCCUCACCGUCAUCGACAGCAGCUGCAAUUCUUCCUCUUUAUCCGGCUGCGAACCGGCCAAUUUCCCCGCCGAUUUCGGAAGCCGGAAUUUCAACGAAGUCCCCUUCUCCAGUGACCUCUGCGUUCCGUACGACGAUUUAGCUGAGCUCGAAUGGCAGCUCUCGAGUUUCUCGGAGGAGUCGUUUUCCAGCGAGGACCUCCAGAAGCUGCAGCUCAUAUCCGGAAUGAAAGCCCGACCCGACGAGGCCGCCUCCGAGACCCGCCACUUCCAACCUGACCCAAACAACCACAUCAUCAGCAACCACAAUAAUAACAACCCGAUAUUCAACUCGGAUAUUUCGGUACCCGCCAAGGCGCGGAGUAAACGGUCCCGGGCAGCCCCGUGCAACUGGACUUCCCGCCUCCUCCUUCUCACGCCUAAAGAAUCCUCUCCGGAGUCGUCCGACGUCGUCAUUUCCGAACCGCCGUCGCUGCCUCCGGUGGAGUCUAGUGUCGGCAAGAAGACACUAAAGGCCGCGCCAAAGAAGAAGGAGAAUCCAGAAGGCGGCGCCGCCUUGCCCGGGGACGGCCGGAAGUGUCUGCAUUGCUCAACGGAAAAGACUCCGCAGUGGCGGACAGGGCCCAUGGGCCCGAAGACGCUCUGCAACGCCUGCGGAGUCAGGUAUAAGUCGGGCCGGCUCGUGCCUGAGUACAGGCCCGCGGCCAGCCCGACUUUCGUGCUAACGAAGCACUCCAACUCGCACCGUAAGGUGCUGGAGCUGCGGCGGCAGAAAGAGAUGGUGAGAGCUCAGCACCAGUACAUUCAUCACCAGCCACCGCCGCACCACCACCACCACCAUAAUCCCAACAUGAUUUUCGACGUUAAUGGCGGUGAUUACUUGAUUCACCAACACGUGGGGCCCGAUUUCAGGCAGCUGAUCUAGUGUGGAGAUGCUAGAGUAGCUAAGCUAGGCAAGUUUUCGAGGUUAAUUUAGCGGCCCCAGUUCAUCUUCUACUUCUUCUUUUUUUCUUUGUUGGGUUAAUUUAGACAAUUUCGUAAUGUUAUUUUUUCUCAAAUUUUCCUAACUUAAAUUUUGAAUUUCCAUCAUAGACUUCCUUAAUGUUAA